UUUGCACAGUGCUGCGAAUUGCGGUAUAGCUUUGUUCCACGUAUGACGCGUUGAAUGGUGCCAAGGAUCAAACCCUAUGCUUGUGCCCGUGUGCUCUCUCUGCAGCUGCCAUCACUGCUUAAUGUGAAGAGGUGUUAGCGCGCUUGGAGUGAGCUGCAUACAUACAACGCUGACAACGUAGUUAACUACGUUUGCCUACUGCUGGAUGCAUAGCAGUCUGCCUGCGGUCUCUGCAUGAAUAAUGUGAGUAGUGGAGUCCUGCAAAUCGUCGUCGCCUAAUAAUCUCUACCUGCUGCUUGUUGUUGCCACGCACGGUGAACCGAAGACACACCUGCUGUCCGUUGUUUGACGUACACGCAGCAUGUACAGAGCUUUGAUUGUUAGCGUACAUAAACUCCAUGCAAGCAAUGCACUUCAUCUUUGAUGUCUGCUAGCUUUAUUGGAUUGUGAUUACGACUUGCGCUAAUUACAGGCUUGCUGCGCAGAGCAAGCAGCCGCCUUGUGCCACAGGCUACUGAUGAUACCAGCAACAGCAACGGCUGGGGUUGGUCGCGCGGACUUGGGCGUUCAAAGUUGACAAUAAGAUUGAGGCGCGCAUCCGCGCGUAUCACCUGCACGGAUGUCAUCUCCGCGGAGUGAUGAAAGCAACCCCGACAGGACCACCAGCAGUUUAGCCGCGGCGGCUGCAGCUGCAGCUGCUGCAGCUGCUGCGGCUUCAACCAGCAACCCCUCUGCCGGGAGCAGGGCCGGCGGCGGCGCCUGGCCGCCAUCUGCCGGUGGCAGCAGCAGCAGCGGCGGCGGCGGCAGCCUGCUGCCACCUGCAGCUCGUGCAAUGCUCCAGCUGCAGCAGCACCUGCAACAAGAGCAGCGCCGACAGCGUCAGCGGUCGCCAGAAGCAAGACCAGUACCGCCGCAGCUGCAGCCGCAUGCAGCCGCGCUGGCUGCGAGUGCGCAGCAUCGGCCUGCCCAUCACUUAAUAAGCGGCAGCAGCAGCGGCGCAGCAGCCGCUAGACUUGCACAGACGGACAACGGCAACACCAAUGAUGCGCCACUUCGUGACCUCAUGCAGCAGCUGCAGCAGCUUCGGCACCUACCCUCAGAGUCGCUAAAAGCUGUACUGGCUGCGGCGAAUGUCAGCAGCACAGCAAGAGGUGGCGAUAGCAGUAGUAGCGGCAGCAGAGGCAGAGGAGGCGAGGAUGCCGCCGCCGUAAGUGCGCAGCUGAGUCGGCACCUCGCCACCGUGGCGGCUGCAGCCACCAGUGAGCGGGAGCAGCAGCUACAGAAGCAACCGGAGCUUCUGAUGCUUCGGCGGCACCAGCCGCCGGGUCAACAACAGGUGGUGCAGCCGCGGCACCAGAACGAACAUUCGCAUUUGACGAGCCGUUGGGAGCAGCCGCAGGAGCAGCCGCCGGCCCAGCCACGCCACCGACAACUGGAGCGUUUAGAGCAGCAGGUGGAGCAGCAUCAACAUCAGGAAACUGUGGCGGCACGGCUUGCGUUGCAGAGGCUGCAGCAGCAGCAGCAGCAGCAGCAGCAGCAGCAGCAGCAGCAGUACUCGCAGCAACAUCAGCAACAGCAGCUGUUUCCCUCGGCAGAUGCCGGUGGUGGUCUCGUGCUCGACCUCGGCGCCCCCGCUGAUGCGACGACGUGGUCCGCAGCGGGAGGAGCAGCGUCCGUGGCGGGCGCAGCAGCAGCCCCUGCUGAUGUCCGCGUGCCGCAGAGAAGCACCAGCAGCACCUGCAGUGGCAGCCGUGGUGCUGCGCCUGCAGCAGUUGCUGAUCUGCAGCAGCUAAUGCAGCUCAUUCGCGCGCGUGGAGGCUUCGGAGCUCUGAGCUUAGGGCAGGCGGCCAUGACCGCCGACAGCAGUGCCUCGGCUGCAGCUUACGCAUCACCACUUGAAGCAGCGGCGAUACUAGCUGCUGUUGAGGCAAGAGGCGCGGCAGCGGUCGCUGGUGGCGAGCUGGCCUCCAGCAACAGGGACGAGCGCCGAGGUGCAGCUGCUGGGGGCAGGGGCAGCAGCAGAGGCAGCGGCAGUGGCAGUGGGGGGGCUCCGGCCGCGGCAUCGCCCGCCGCCGCCGCCACAGCGGACCAGUCGUUGCUGCAGCACCCGCUUGCAAAGCUGGCGCAACUACAGCAGCAGCCACUGCUGCAAUCACGACAGCGCGGCGAGGCAGCGUCAACUGCUGCACCAGCACCAGCAGCCACUACAGCAGCGUCACUAGAAGGCAGCGUGAGGACCGUUGGCGUGUCAAGCAGUGGCGGCGGCCGCGCUGCUGCUGGCGUUGCAGCCGCCGACACGUUGGACCAGCAGGCUGCUGGGGCGGAUUUGCCGCGCAGCCCCCGCACCCGUGGCCGCGGCGGUGGUAGCAGCAACGCUGCCACGGACUCCUCCGCAGCAGUUGCUGACGGCACUGCUGCCGCUGUCGCAACUGUACCCCCUUCUGAUGACGGAGCUGGCGAGCCCCAGGGGCAGCAGCGGCAGCUUCGUGUGGAGCUGCUGUUGCUGCCAUCUCCUCCUGCAAUAGCUGCCACUGCUGUGGGCGGUGACAGCAGUGACGCGGACAAACAGGCCGAGCCGGCGGGCGCCUUUUGCUGGGAGCUGACGGCGCCUAGCCUCGCCAUUGACAGCCAAUAUUACCAGCACGUGCGUGUGUCCCCAUUCCUGCAGUGCCCCAGCAGCCCUGUUGCAUAUCGUACCGUUCGCUAGCUUCUGAUGGCCGUCAGUGCACUAGAUGGAAUGUAUGCGCCCGUCAUUCCAUGUCUGUUGCGCUUGUGGCACCAAUCCCCGCAUCUGCAUGCACGCGGCUUGCAUGCUUCUUGGAUAUGGUAGCUGAACUGCCGGUAUGCGUGAGCUAAGCAUCAGCUGCAACGGCGCAUUAUGCACAAAAGCGUACGUAGCUGCGAGUUUCAGGGCGCAGACCCGACCAGCGCUAGUGAUCCACAACUACUAUAAUACUAGGGGCUACUUAUUGAAAGCUUAAUAAUUUUUGGAUUUGUUAAUUAUGGGGGCAGCACAAAGCAGCCUUGACAUGAAAUUUUCGGUGCCGGCGAUGACCAGCUACUCCCAACAAGCAAGGCAUGUUAACGUUGACCAUAAAGUGGUGACAGCAUAUAUAAUAGAGUUUGGGAUUUCUAGGAUUGGCACGCUUUCCGGUCCUCAAUGCGCCCGACAGUGCGCGCUCUCUUCCCGCCUUAGCGCGGUGGCACACAUGUUCAAAGCAGAAAAAGGGAUUUUUUAUUUGGGGUAAUGUUUUCGGGUCUAUAGCCCAUUGCGAGCAAAAUGGUUUGGACAUUAACUAACAGAUAGAAAGGGAGAAAUGCAUCUUAGCGUCAGUACACGCGCGGUCUGACUCCUACAGUGCCCUCCACGGGUGCGGCAUGCCCCCACAGUGUUAGGGCCGUUUAACUGGUGUCAAAUAUACGUAUAGCUGCAUAUCUUCAUCCAGCCAGGUGUGGCAUUUUGCUGCAUGCCCGGGCGGCAGAAACAUGAAAAGAUGUGGCUGGGCAGAGAUGGGCACGGGCGCUUGCCUGGAUCUAUCUCACAGCUCGCGCGGCCGCUCCCGAAGCCACGCAUCAAGCACCAGUAGACUUUGAAUGGGAUUAGGUGUCAAGAGCCAGGCAUUGCACGGCUGCUUACCAUAAAUCGCCGUCUGUCUUGCGCCCGGCUUGCAGGGCUUAUUAUGUAUGUAUGCACAGCUUAAAGCCCCGUUUUGCCUUAGUUACAGGCCACAGCAUUGCAGAUUUCGUUGCUAGGCCGCGUGCAGACAACAGGUGUUCACGCAUAUUUUAUAAACAGACGCAAAGGUGCGGUUUUGCAUAUCCACCGCGCAGGGCAGAAACAAUCUUACUGCGCAUAUAUAGGUUGUGAGGCUGGCCAUGGAUGUACAGGUUAUUACACACCUGCUGCCGGGCUCUAUGAAGUGCCGUUAAUCCGUUAUACUGGUCAAGUAGCGUGCAUGCACGGCACAAAAGGAUGGCAAAUGCAGCUAUGCGGUACUACUUGGAAGAUUAAGCGGUCAGGCAACGCCCGCAAAUGUGUAUGCAGCAGGAGGCAUAUAUGCGCGAGCUACCGAGCGCCUCUGUGCCCACUCCUGCCAGCCAGUCACUGAACAAAGAUCGGCAGGCGAAGCAGGUGUAGUUAGUCGCACACAAACUAGCAUUGCCGGCCGGGUACUGCCUUUGUAAACUGUUAGUACU